UUGAUGUUGUCGCGGUCCUGUGACGUCACUGAAGGUGCGGAGAUAACGUGUGAACAUGUGGAGCUCAGGCCGACUCGUCCUUCAGGAGCUUCUCUGUCAGACUGCUGCUGUCAGCGGCAGGAGUUUCUCCCGGACUCCUGCUCAGAAUACAGUGGUGGUGGAGCGAAUGUGGAAGGUCAACUUGGCCAAAAAAGACCGUGAGCCAAGGCUUCACCCUCGCAGACACAGAAUCUAUAAAGUGGUUGAGAAAAUCCAACAAGCUCCAGAAAACAAGAUGGAGCUCAUGCUUACCCAGACAGUACCAAAGAUCGGUGGACGAGGUGACACUGUGGUGGUGAAAAAAUCAUUGGGACGGAACAAACUGCUGCCGAAGGGUCUGGCAGUGUAUCCAUCACCAGAGAACAAAGAGAUGUUUGCUGAAGAGUUAAGACGUCUGCGUGAAGGGAGACCAGAGGAUAGAAUACAAACUCGCACAGGACAACUGACUGUGGAGUUACUCAAACGAUCCAUGCUAAACAUUAUGAAAAUGCCAACCGAAGAUUUUCAGCUCACUAAGGAGGUUGUGUGUCGACAGUUUCAAAAGAAGCUACAGAUUGUUGUUCCACUCCAUGCACUGAGUCUUCCAUUUGAGCCUAUCAAGGAACUGGGUGACUACUGGUGUGAUGUCACGGUGAAUGGAAUAGACACAGUCCGUGUCCCUAUGACCGUAUUACCCUAUGAAGACCAGUCAGCCAGUAACCAAAAGAAGUUAAAAAGACAAAGGCAAGAGCAGGAAGAGGCAAACAUUUCAGAAACUGUUGUUGAUGAUCAUGAUACAGACGCCACUGGUCUGAAAGCAGCUACUGAUGCAGCCACAGAGACUGAAACUGGUAAAGACACAGAGAGUGAAGUUUCUGCAUCUGCUGAGAAAGUAGCUCCAGUGGCACAGACGACACAAGACCAUACAGCGACACCAGGUAACGGCCAAAAGAAACAUUAAAGGACUUCAAAUACUGAGGUCCAGAAACCUCUAGUGCCCCGUGUUCACUGCUAAUACAAACAUUUUCAGUCAGAAUACAAUUGUCGGUUUAAUUCUAAAAAUGUCUGGUGUAGUACAAAAAUAUCUGUGGAUUACAUCAGAAUUUGUAGAACAGGAUGCUCGGGUUUUUGUUAGGUAUAAUUCAAAAUAAAAGUGUACGUUACCUCUUGGAAUAUGAG